AUGACUGUUAUAGAGAGUGCAGCACAGGUUGAUUCUACUGCUGUGAAUCAAGAUAAAAGUGGUGAACAGCCCUUGAACGGCCUGAAGAGAAAGAAUGAGAAUACUCUAGAGAAAACCGAUUUGGAGGCUGCGAUAAAACGCGUUGCGCUGGACGAUGAUCCCAAUUCCAUUGGAAAUACAACAUCUAAAAGCGCGUCGCCUUCCUUAAACGUGAAUUCGUUUUCGCCAGACGAUGAGAACAACGGUAGUACUGAACCGGACCAACACGAUUAUGUGAGGGAUGGAACGGAUCUUCUUCAGAAAAAUGGCGUCGACGAUUACGUACAUAUAAGAAUGCUCUGUUUGGUGAAGGAUGCAUCAGCCGUGGUAGGCCCUAAAGGUGACGCGAUUACUCAUAUCAAGAGAGAUACGAAUACCAGAAUCAAUGUCUCAGAUAAUUUGAAAAAUGUUCGAGAAAGGGUCAUUUAUGUGAGAGGUCAAUGUGAAAACGUUGCAUCGGCCUUCGAGCAAAUCAGCAAUUGCAUUUACAAUAAGUGCAAAAGAGGUCUAUCUAAAAAUGGGAAAAACGACUCCAACAAUAGUUUAAGUGAUGAAAAGAGUACAACGAGCACUGAUGGCUCAAUCACUAAAGAAGAGGAAGAUGACACAGAUGGUAGCAAAAAUCAACAAUUGAAGAUAUCUUUACAGCUUUUGAUGCCCCAUCAUCUCAUGGGGUAUAUAAUCGGUAAGAAUGGUUCCCGAUUAAAGGAGAUCGAGGAGGCAAGUAGUGCUAGAUUGCAUGCCUCGCCUCACCAACUACUUCCCUCAACUGACAGAAUAUUGCGUUUAUCGGGAACCCCUACAUCAAUUGGGAAGGCCAUUUUUCACAUUUCUCAGACCUUACUUCUUAACAAGGAUAGGUUAAAGAAUAAAAAGACGAUAUUUUAUCAACCAGGCUCCAUAUACUCCACGCUCAGGAACGGCAGUAACAAUCAUAUCAGCAAACAAGGCCUCAACGUUACCAAUACCAACGAAAUGAACGGAUUUGUAUCAAGAGAUACGCCGAACUUCUACAACCCAUACUCGAAUUCUAACCGCGACGGGUCGCUACCCAUGGUCAUGAUGAUACCGCCAGUAAUGGCGCAGACUCCUCCACAAAAACAUAUAGCAGAGCUGCACCAUCUGCAACGAUCUCAGAUUGUUUACACUGCAGAAAAAGUAGCUAAUGUUGCUUCGUUUGUGCCAAAUUCUUCGAUCCCAAAUGUGCGAAUUGUUGAAGGCUCGUUUACAUCAGCUCCAAUGGCCAUUGUCAAGCAAGAAAUUUUCAUAGAUGAGAAUUUUGUGGGAAAUGUUAUCGGGAAAGAGGGGAAGCAUAUCAAUUCGAUAAAGGAGACCACUGGCUGUUCGAUAUUUAUCGAUGAUCCUGAAAAGGGUGAAACUUCCGAAAGAAAAUUGGUCAUAGAGGGUACCAACAUGGGUGCCCAAGCCGCUAUAAUGUUGAUAAGCAACAAAAUUGAAAUAGAUAAAUCGAAUAGACUUUCCAGGAAGAAACUGUGA